GGUGAGUUUGAUAUGGAGACAAACUUCAUUAUUCAGGAUGCGGAAAGCAUCGGCUGCAUGGUGGAGCUGUUGGAGCACUGUGACGUCACCUGUCAGGCUGAAAUCUGGAGCAUGUUCACUGCCAUCCUUCGAAAAAGUGUUCGAAACCUGCAAACAAGCACUGAGGUCGGCCUCAUCCAGCAGGUGCUGCUCAAAAUGAGAUCGGUGGAAGACAUGAUUGCAGACUUGUUAGUGGACAUGUUGGGAGUGCUAGCCAGCUACAGCAUCACUGUGACAGAACUGAAGUUGUUCUUCAGCAUGCUACGAGGGGAAGGAGGCCUCUGGCCGAAGCAUGCUGUCAAAAUGUUGUCAGUGCUGAAUCAGAUGCCCCAGAGACAUGGUCCAGAUGCCUUCUUCAACUUUCCUGGUCGCAGUGCAGCAGCCAUUGCUUUACCUCCUAUUGCCAAGUGGCCUUAUCAGAAUGGGUUUACGUUCAGCACCUGGUUCAGAAUGGAUCCCUUAAAUAACAUCAAUGUUGACAAGGACAAACCAUAUCUCUAUUGCUUUCGCACCAGCAAGGGCAUUGGCUACUCUGCACAUUUUGUUGGUAACUGCUUGAUCGUGACAUCACUCAAGUCUAAAGGAAAAGGUUUCCAGCAUUGUGUGAAAUAUGAUUUUCAGCCCAGGAAGUGGUACAUGAUCAGUAUAGUUCACAUCUACAGCCGCUGGAGAAACAGUGAAAUCAGAUGCUACGUUAAUGGACAGCUUGUUUCUUACGGAGACAUGGCGUGGCACGUCAACACAAAUGAUAGUUAUGAUAAGUGCUUCCUUGGUUCCUCGGAGACAGCGGACGCUAACAGAGUAUUCUGCGGACAGCUAGGAGCUGUUUAUGUGUUCAGUGAAGCCCUCAAUCCUGCACAGAUAUUUGCAAUUCAUCAGCUAGGGCCAGGCUACAAGAGCACAUUUAAGUUCAAGUCAGAGAGCGAUAUCCACUUAGCAGAGCAUCACAAGCUGGUUUUGUAUGAUGGCAAGUUGGCUACCUCCAUCGCCUUCACCUAUAAUGCCAAGGCCACUGACGCCCAGCUCUGCCUGGAGUCCUCGCCGAAAGAAAAUGCCUCCAUCUUUGUGCACUCACCACACGCCCUUAUGCUACAGGAUGUGAAAGCCACAGUGACUCACUCCAUCCACAGUGCCAUUCAUUCCAUUGGUGGGAUCCAGGUGCUCUUUCCCCUCUUUGCUCAGCUGGACUAUCAUCAGCUGAAUGACAGCCAAGUGGAAACCACUGUAUGUGCCACUCUCCUGGCCUUUCUGGUUGAGCUGCUCAAGAGCUCUGUGGCCAUGCAGGAGCAGAUGCUGGGAGGAAAAGGCUUUUUGGUGAUUGGAUACCUGCUAGAGAAGUCAUCACGUGUACACAUCACCAGGGCUGUAUUAGAACAGUUCCUGUCCUUUGCAAAGUAUCUGGACGGUUUGACUCAUGGGGCACCACUGCUGAAGCAGCUGUGUGACCACAUCCUGUUCAAUGCUGCCAUCUGGAUCCACACACCCGCCAAGGUACAGCUCUCUCUGUACACAUACCUCUCUGCUGAGUUCAUUGGCACGGCAACCAUCUAUAACACAAUUCGUCGAGUAGGCACAGUGCUUCAGCUCAUGCAUACACUAAAGUACUACUACUGGGCCGUCAACCCUGCAGACAGCAGCGGCAUCACGCCAAAGGGUCUCGGUGAGCAUAUUUAGCAUUUUUGAUUUUUUUUUUUUCAGCACAAGACAAGCUUAGUUUAUUUUCCCUUUUUUUAUUGCUGUG